UUGCAGCAAGCUCUUCAGCUUUCUUUCUGUAUUCGGUUCUUGAAUAAUGACAUUGAUCAAUUAUAUGAAAGCAUUAAUACUAGUAAUUUGCAUAUAACUGGAGUUGAUAUAUAUUUCAUCAUUUAUGCUGAACUUAAGAACUAGUUAGUGUACAUUUAUACAUGUAGACUGAUAGCAGAAGGUUGCAAGUUGAGCUCUUAAUGGUAUAUUUUAUUUGAAGAUGGAAACAGACAACAUCUUGAGUUCAAUAUUCUAUUGAUACCUACCAAGAAAUGAUAAAUUUUCAAGAUCAACAAGUGGCCCACCUUACCAAGAAAUGAAAAAGAUAUUAAAGAAAAGGUAGUGGGAAAGAGAAUAUACAUAUAUUUAUGUAGAUGCUUUUACAAGCAACUUUGCACACACACACACACACCAUAUAUUCUAUGCUUUAUCAUUGCAUCUACAGAUUAGAGCUGAUCUUUGUUUCAUUUGAUAAUGGAAGAGAAGCUACGGAUCCAAAUCCCGAGAGUGAAACUGGGAAGUCAAGGAUUGGAGGUUUCUAAACUGGGAUUUGGGUGCGCGGGUCUGUCAGGAAUAUACAAUGCACCACUACUGCAUGAAGAUGGAUGCACAAUAAUGAAGGAGGUUUUCUCUAAAGGAAUCACCUUUUUUGACACAUCUGAUCUAUACGGAGAUAAUUAUGACAAUGAAAUCAUGGUUGGGAAGGCUCUAAAGAACCUUCCUAGAGAAAAAGUUGAGUUAGCUACAAAAUUUGGCAUUAAAAGGUUAAAGGGAUUGCAAUUUGAAGUAAUCGGCACUCCAGAAUAUGUAAGGCAAUGCUGCGAAGCUAGUCUAAAGCGGCUUGACGUAGAUUACAUUGAUCUGUAUUACCAGCAUCGUGUGGAUAGUUCAGUGCCGAUAGAGGAUACUAUGGGGGAACUGAAGAAGCUGGUAGAUGAGGGAAAAAUAAAGUAUAUUGGAUUAUCUGAAGCCAGUGUAGAUACUAUAAGAAGGGCGCAUGCUGUUCAUCCUAUAACCGCAGUACAGAUGGAGUACUCGUUAUGGGCUCGUGAGAUCGAAGAAGACAUUGUUCCCAUCUGUAGGGAGCUUGGUAUUGGCAUAGUUGCAUAUAGCCCAUUGGGACGGGGAUUCUUCGGUGGGAAGGCAGUGGUGGAGAGUUUGCCUGAGAAGAGUCUAUUGUUUAUACACCCGAGGUUUACCGGAGAAAAUUUAGAGAAAAAUAGACUGAUAUAUAGCCGCCUUUCCAACCUGGCAGCAAAGCAUGCCUGCACACCAGCUCAGUUGGCUCUAGCAUGGCUGCUCCACCAGGGACAAGACAUUGUACCAAUUCCUGGGACUACUAAAGUGAAGAAUCUUGAGAGCAACAUUGAGUCCUUAAAAGUGAAGCUAACAGAAGAGAAUCUGAAAGAAAUUUGUGAUUCUGUUCCCAUUGAUGAAGUAAAGGGAACCAGAGAAUAUGACAUGUUCGCUAACUUUGUAUACAAGCUUGUAAAUACACCACCCAAUUAAAUUUACGAAACAUGUUUUUAUAACGAGAAAUUUUCAUCCGUUGACUAGGCCAAUCAUUUUAAAAUAUGUAAAGGUAUUAAUGUAAUUUUUCUUGUUAAACAUUUUACAUAUUUAAAAUGAUUGCACAGAUAUAAUUUCUCUUUUAUUGCAGAGCAUUUGUAUUA